AUGGAUGAAGAUGUUCUGUCUGACGUCGUCCCCAGUAACAUUGUUUCACGCCAACAGACUGCUGACCGACAGAAAAAGAAGCAGAAGCGAAAGGCAGAGGAGGGAAAGCUGCAGGUGAAACGACAGGAGAUGGACAAGGCAAAGAUUACGGAUGCUGUGAAACGAUAUUCGUAUCUACUCGGGCAGACUGAGCUCUUCAAGCAUUUUGUAGACAUAAAGAAAGCUCGGGAUCCGGAGUACGCAGCUAUGUUGGACGCCCAGCCGAAACCCAAGGGGCGAGGGCGGAAAAAGGCUGUUGACAACAAUGCUCGUCACCGGAAGUCCGAGAAAGAGGAGGACGAGGAGUUGCUGAAGGAUGGUGAGAUGGCUGCUGAUGGAAAUGAUCAGCCCUUUGUGUUUGAGGAGUCGCCUAGCUUCAUUCACGGGUUGAUGCGCCCCUACCAGCUUCAAGGCCUCAACUGGAUGGUAUCACUACACCACAACGGUCUCAACGGCAUUCUGGCCGACGAGAUGGGUCUCGGCAAGACGCUACAGACCAUCUCCUUCCUGGCAUACCUAAAGCAACACCGGGAUACUCCUGGACCGCACCUGAUUGUGGUGCCCAAGUCAACGUUGCAGAACUGGGCACGCGAAUUUGAAAGAUGGACGCCCGAUGUGAACACGAUCGUGUUGACUGGCUCCAAAGAGGAACGCGCCGAGCUUAUAGCGAACCGCUUGAUUCCUCAAGAUUUCGACGUGCUCAUUACCUCGUACGAGAUUUGUCUGAUUGAAAAGUCAGCACUCAAGAAGUUCUCCUUCGAGUACAUCAUCAUCGACGAAGCGCAUCGUAUCAAGAAUGUCGACUCUAUCCUCUCACAGAUCGUCCGCUCCUUCAUGUCGCGUGGGCGACUUCUCAUUACGGGAACGCCACUCCAGAACAAUUUGAAGGAGUUGUUUGCGCUCCUGAACUUCAUCUGUCCCGAAAUCUUCUCCGACUAUGCCGAUCUUGACAGCUUCCUGCACAAAGACGAAGCUGAAGCUGAAGGCGACGACGCGAAGAGUAAGAAGGUAGUGGAAGCAUUGCACAAGAUUUUGCGGCCGUUCUUGUUGAGACGAGUGAAGAGCGAUGUAGAGAAGAACCUGCUACCUAAGAAGGAAAUCAACAUCUAUGUCGGUCUUACUGAGAUGCAGCGCAAGUGGUACCGAUCGGUCUUGGAGAAAGACAUUGAUGCCGUCAAUGGUUUGACCGGCAAGAAAGAGGGCAAGACCCGCUUGAUGAACAUGGUCAUGCAGUUGCGCAAGGUCACCUGCCAUCCAUACCUCUUCGACGGAGCGGAACCCGGUCCUCCUUACACGACAGACGAGCACCUCGUCGAAAACUCCGGCAAAAUGGUUAUUCUUGACAAGCUCCUGGGUUCAAUGAAGGUCAAAGGCUCUCGGGUCCUCAUCUUUAGUCAAAUGAGCAGGAUGCUUGAUAUCCUCGAGGACUACUGCUUGUUCCGAAGCUACAAGUACUGUCGUAUUGAUGGCGGAACCGCUCACGAGGAUCGUAUCGUGGCUAUCGACGAGUACAAUAAGCCAGAUAGCGACAAGUUCAUCUUCCUUCUCACUACGCGUGCUGGUGGCCUUGGCAUUAAUCUGACUACCGCGGACAUUGUCGUACUCUAUGACAGCGAUUGGAAUCCGCAGGCUGACUUGCAGGCCAUGGACCGUGCACACCGUAUUGGCCAGACAAAGCAGGUCUACGUCUUCCGAUUUAUCACCGAGGGCAGCGUGGAGGAGCGUAUGCUUGAACGUGCCGCUCAGAAAUUGCGCCUGGAUCAGCUUGUCAUCCAGCAGGGUCGCACGCAGAACACGAAAGCGGCGAACAAAGAGGAGCUUCUUGAGAUGAUUGCGCAUGGUGCCGAAAACAUUGUGAACUCGAACGACGACCUGAUGAUCAACGAUGAUAUCGAAGCUAUCAUUCAGCGAGGCGAAGCGCGGACGACUGAGCUAAACUCUAAGUAUGAAGAGUUGACUUUUGAGGAUCUCAGCAACUUCAAAUCGGAGGCGUCUGUGCAACAAUGGGAGGGCGAGGACUUCCGUGCCGGACGGAAAACUCUGCAGUUCAACCCUUUGGCGUUGUCAAAGCGUGAGCGGAAGCUUAACUACUCGGUCGACAGCUACUUCAAGGAGACGAUGCGAGCCGGACCCUCGAAGACCGAGAAGGCACCUAAGAUGCCACGGGCACCGAAACAGAUUCAAAUGCAAGACUUCCAGUUCUUCCCACCACGACUUGCCGAGCUCCAGGAACAGGAGCUUGCUGCGCACAAGCGGGCGAACGAAAUCCCCGCUACUUUGCGUGAACCUGCUGGUCCCGAAGACACGCCAGAGAAGCUCGAGGCCGAGCGACAGGCAGCCCAGCAGUCCAUCGACGACGCCGAACCGCUCACGGAGGAGCAACAACAGGAGAAGGAAGAACUGGCUGCUGAGGGCUUUGAGGAUUGGAGUAGGCGUGAUUUCCAGCAAUUCAUCCGUGCAUUAGAAACAUAUGGAUGGACGGAUGACUAUGAGCUGCUCGCGUCUGAAAUCCAGGACAAGACACCGGAUGAAGUAGCUGCGUACUAUCCAGUCUUCAAGAAGAAGUGGAAGGAGCUUGCCGAGUAUCCUCGUAUCAAGGCUCGCAUUGAAGAAGGGGAAGCAAAGCGUAACAAGCGGUCAAAUCUCGAGACAUUGCUAUCGAAGAAGAUCGCGUCUGUGCGAUACCCCAUGCAGGAGCUAGAACUAAACUACCCCACGACAAAGGGUAAGGUGUACUCGGAAGAGGAGGACAGGUAUCUCCUCUGCCGACUGAACCACUAUGGCAUGCGCGCGGAGGACGUAUACGAGAGGAUCAAGAAGGAUAUUACAGAAUUCCCCGUCUUCCGCUUCGACUGGUUCUUCAAGAGUCGGAGCCCACAAGAGCUGCAGCGUAGGUGCAACACGUUGUUGGGUAUGAUUGAGAAGGAGGCCGAGCAGAAGCAAGCCGAGGAGAUCAAGACAAAGGGACCGAAGGGCAAGAAGAGAGGCAUCGAAGCGGUGGACAAGUCGGAAGAGAAGAAACCCUCACGAUCGUCAACGCCUACCAUUACGGCCGCAGCGGCUGCUCCGAAUAAGCGUGCCUACAAAAAGAGGAAGACAUAGACUUGUUGCACUUCACACACACACACGAGAGCUUCGAGUCCGACGUACGGGAGACGUCCUACCUCUCGUCAUGUUACACGGACUCCUGUCACAUUCUCUAGUAUAGAAAAGAUAUUGUACAUUGCUGUGGUAAUGUAUGCGAGUUGUAUUGGUA